AUCUUAUCACAUCCAUUCCUAUCACACUCACAGCAUUGUUGAAGCUGACUGCAGAGAAGUUGCUCUGGUGAGAGCCACUUCACAGUUUUGGGUCGGGGCGUCGCCAAUUUCCUCAGCAGUAAGAACGACGUAUGCGUUCCUUCGUCGGCCGAUAGCUUUCGCAUUUGCGACAGCAUCAAGGAGCCGAUUGCAAAUACCCUCCCCGUGCAGCCUCCAACGGUCAACAAACCAUUCGCUGGGCCUGCCUGGUUUGCGUACCUACCACGGCUCAGGCCCCUUCCGCUGUAGUCCGCACGCGCCAUAGAUGCCUCGCGCCGCUUCCUUCUCCUCGUAAACACAACGCACUAAAGCGACGCAUCUAUUUGACGGUCGCCUUCGCGUGGGUGGGUGUUUGGGUGGGCGGAACGCGGCACGCGGCAAGCGACAUGGGCAUCGCGGUGGAACGGCUGCUGGAGCAGAACCGCGUCCCGGAGGAGCUCUUCUGCCCCAUCUGCAACGACCUCAUCGACCCCGCUGACGCCACCGAGGUGACAAAAUGCGGCCAUGUGUUCUGUGGGACGUGCAUCAACCAGGCCAUGCAGCAUUGCAGCGAAUGCCCUCAGGACCGGCAGCCAAUACAGGUGUCGCAUCUGCGCCUGGUGAAGGACCACAACCUCUUCGUCUACCGCCUGCUCGGCAGGUCCAAGGUGCGGUGUGUGCACCACGCGCUGGGGUGCACGUGGACGGGUGAGGUGUCGGAGGACCGCUCGCACCGCGCCACGUGUCCCAAGGAGCGCGUGGGGUGCACCCACUGCAGCGCCGUCGUCCGCCGCGACCAGUUCACCGCGCAUGCUGCCGCCUGCCGGGCCUGCAGGAAAUGCGCCGAUAAGGAUGCGCAGAUUGCCACGCUGCUGCAGGAGAAGCUGGCGGUUUCCAAGAAGUUUCUGGAGGUGUCGGAGUCUCUGCGAGCCAAACAGGUCCCUCCCCUGGCCCCCGUGCAGUCGUACCACCGCUACAACAUCCUCCCUCUCGCGCACCUCCUCUCCACCUGGCUCACGGACCCCCCAGCGCACUCGCACCCGGACCGCAACCUGGUGUUUGAGAGCGUGAAGCGGUGCCACGACGACGUGCAGCGCUUUCGCUACGAGGACCCAGACACCUUUGAUAGCCAGCUGCUGGCGCUGCUGGCGGCCGCCAAUGCGACCGAGUGGUUCACGGACAACCAGAACGGACGCAUCCGGGACUGGCUGUGGCAGGUUACCCAGCAGCACUUCACUAAAUCUCUCUCUCUUCACUCAGCCAGUGCUACUGGCAUUGGGUUGCUGUCCUGUCCGGACCCGACCUGACUUGGACCCACUUGUCAAUCAUUGCCUUACCGGUAACGUACUUGGGCGUCCCAACCUUACCAGUGAAUCUGUGGCGUUUCUGUGUCGCCAACAAUAAGGCCUGACCGCACCCCGGCCCACAGUGCUUCCCGUUCAAGUUUCAACCCAAUUUCCUGCUCACUCGCAUGCAUAGUUGGGGUUUAUCCUUUGAACCUUAGGCGUGGCACGUUUGUCAAACCCAAACCGUACAAGUGCUCAAGGGCCCUGGCUGCAUGCUGUAGCUCCCGGUGCUGCUGAUUGCCUUCAGAUUUUAUUAGACCCUCCCUCUCUGUCUUGGCUUGAGUGACAGAGCACGGAGUGUUAAGACAGGGCUAUGAACUAGGCAUAGGACUAGCAAGAGGUUUAGCUAGGGUAGGAGCAAGUUGACGAGAGAAGAGGACUAAAAUAGAGGAGGUACAAGAAGGCGGGGUUGUCCCCUCUACAGUAAGAUUCAGCAAUGUAACAAACCUACCAAGCCUAA